AUGUACCAUCCGUACAGCAGCAGCGCAAGCUACAUAUAUGCCAACGAGGACCGCUAUCGAGAACCGACAUCCAUUGUACCCACUGGGAGCGCAGCGCUAGCCGACUCCGAGGAUGCAAGGGAGCCGGCGCGGAAAUACUCCGUGCGAUCGAGGAAUGCUGCUAGAACGAGCAACGGGAGCCAUCCGUACAGUCAGACAUCCACAUUUGUCUCUAGUCCUAAAUCCCCAGCAACAGUUUCCUCUUCCGAAACCUACGUCCAACAUGGACGACGAUCGCUUGACUCCUCAUCGGGAUGGUCUUCUGGUCGAGCGAAACACACGAAAUACGCCUACGCCUAUGCCUACGACACCGGAAAAUACACAUAUUCACCGCCUUCGUCUCCCGACUCCCCUUCCGAGACGAAGCCCAAUGCUAGUGGGAGAGCUGCAAACCAGAACGGCGCCCAGCCGCUGUUCAUGCCCCUCCGCGGGCCGAUUUCGCACCCGUACCAACAGCACCUGGCCGCGCAGUCCUGGGCAGGAUCGCGAGAUACCCGCGACUACGACGACAUCGCGCACCAUGAAAUCGACGCUAGCCCGGCGGCACCAACUGUGAAGUCUCCCGGGUCGGUUUCGCGACGGACCAACUCGGACAGAGAUUUUAUGAACAUCAGCAAUCUGAGCCUCAGUGUCUCCGGGACUGCAACUCCUGAUCGAAGCAGGAGCAGGAGCCGGAGUCGCAGCCGGAGUCCACGUGCAGAGCUCCUGCGGGUGGGUGACCGGAGCCACAGCUCGGGAGACCUUCAACCAGCGGGGGAAGUCAACGGCAAGGUGUCCACGAACGGACAUUCGCACUCGAAAGUCAGUUUUCAGCCCACAGCAGCUGAACCAACAUCGGUGCCGAUAGUCCAGCCCGUUCGACGCACGGUAUUCAAGAUGACGCCAUAUGGAAACGACGACCCGCUCAGCCUGCGCCAGUCGGCAUUUGUGCCAUUUGCCUUCGAGGACCCGCCCGCGUCAAAAAAAGAUCAGGUACAGCGCAAGCUCCGCGGCAUGAUGAAUAGGCUGAGCACUUGUAUGGCGGCAUGUGGAGAAGAUCCAGAAGAAGUUCACAAGGAGAGGUACAGGUGA